AUGGGAGCCAUACGAACGAUUGGAAUUGCUUUGAGUUUCGUUGCUCUUUGCAUGACAGUCUAUUGCCUUGCGACUCCGCACUGGGCGAUAAGUGUCCAGAAUAAUAACGGAAUACAGACAGGCGUGCAGAAAUCGCUUGGGCUCUGGAAAUAUUGCGAGAAAGCUGUUAACGCUGAUAAUGGCCAUUGCCAAAAGCUGUCACAAUUUGGAAUCGCUGCGUUGGCCCAGUAUGGAAUCAUUGGUUUCAGAGUUCUUGUCAUCAUUGGUCUUAUUUGCGCUAUUAUCGGUUUUGUCGCUGGCACUGCCUCUUCCGAUGCUAUCAAUAUUGCACCAACAAAGAUAGCAAAGGUUCAAGCCGCCGGGGGCGCUGCUGGCCUUUUAUCAAUCGCCGGAAUCAUGAUUCUCGCUGCAACUUCUUGGGCCGCUCACAUGAUCAUUAAAAGAUGGAAGGACUUCCAAAUGCACCAGGGAUCCAUCUCCAUCAACGCGGGAACUCAGUGGACCCUUGGAGCAGCAAUUUACGUCGGCUGGUGCGCGAGUGCCAUUUUUAUUGGAGUAGCGAUCAUUAUGUUCAUGGGAUGCUGCUCAGGCUCUGGCGAUGAAGAGGACGAAGAACGAGAACAAUUCCAUCCUGGCUAUGCGACCUCAAAUUACUCCGCUCCAUCUCAGAAAAGUCCCGAUUAUGUUUAA